CCUUUUUUUCUUCUGUCACCCUCACCGACCUCAAAACUCUCUGUUUUUCCUUACUUCACCUGUUGUGAUCAUCCACGCUUCUUCUAGGGUUCCUUCAAUCUUCAAAUCAUCUGAUUUUUGAGAUAAAUUAUUCAUCUUUAAGAAUUGAAGGAAUUGGAUUUUGUUAACCCUAAAAAUAUGUACAGCAAUUUCAAAGAACAAGCGAUCGAGUACGUGAAGCAAGCUGUUCAAGAGGACAAUGCUGGUAACUACAACAAAGCUUUCCCUUUGUACAUGAACGCUCUUGAAUACUUCAAAACCCAUCUCAAAUAUGAGAAGAACCCUAAGAUCAGAGAUACUAUCAGCGACAAAUUCAACGAGUAUAUCCUUCGUGCUGAGGAGAUUCGUGCGGUUUUAGAUGAAGUUCGAUCGGGGACAGGAUCUAAUGGCGACGCAGCGGUUGCUACGAAGCCCAAAGACGGAGGAGAUGGAGCAGAAUCAAAGCUUCGAGCUGGGUUAAACUCUGCUAUUGUUAGGGAAAAGCCUAACGUUAAUGCCAAAGAAGCGUUAAAGGAAGCUGUUAUUUUGCCUGUCCAGUUUCCACAGUUCUUCAUUGGGAAGAGGCGGCCAUGGCGAGCUUUUCUGCUCUACGGGCCUCCUGGAACUGGUAAAUCGUACUUGGCUAAGGCUGUUGCUACUGAAGCAAACUCUACGUUUUUCAGUGUGUCUUCAUCGGACUUGGUCUCGAAGUGGAUGGGUGAAAGUGAAAAGCUAGUAUCGAACCUUUUUGAGAUGGCUCGUGAGAGUGCACCGUCAAUCAUUUUUGUCGAUGAGAUAGAUUCUUUGUGUGGUCAACGUGGAGAAGGCAAUGAGAGUGAAGCUUCAAGACGUAUUAAAACAGAGCUUCUUGUGCAGAUGCAGGGUGUUGGACACAAUGAUGAGAAAGUCCUUGUACUGGCAGCAACAAAUACACCGUAUGCUCUUGAUCAGGCUAUUCGGCGACGUUUUGAUAAGCGUAUCUAUAUCCCUCUACCGGAUGUGAAGGCUCGGCAGCACAUGUUCAAAGUGCAUUUGGGAGAUACUCCUCAUAAUUUGAAUGAAGCUGAUUUUGAAUAUUUAGCUCGCAGGACAGAGGGAUUCUCUGGUUCGGAUGUGGCUGUUUGUGUCAAGGAUGUUCUGUUUGAACCUGUUCGGAAAACGCAAGAUGCCAUGUUCUUUUUCAGUGCUCCUGAUGGUACGUGGAUACCAUGUGGGCCUAAACAACCUGGUGCCAUUCAGAUUACAAUGCAGGAUUUAGCAGAAAAAGGGCUCGCUGAAAAGAUUAUUCCGCCGCCUAUUGCGAGAACGGAUUUUGAGAAGGUUCUAGCAAGACAGCGACCGACAGUGAGCAAGACUGAUCUUGAGGUCCAUGAGAGAUUCACAAAGAAGUUUGGAGAGGAAGGUUGAUGAUGGCAUUCAGCUGGAAGGGAAAAUCUUGAGUUCCCGGUUAUGUAUGUACUAAGAGAAGAACAAAUCGACUCUUGUUUAAUGCAUGCACCACGUCAUUGAAUUUUCGUUUCCAAUUGCGUAGAUUAUCUCUGAUUGCCUGAUAUACACAAUUGCGUAUAUACAUAUUCAUUAUUUUUC